ACAAACCCAACACAAGAAAACAAAUAUUCAUGAAACAAAAACCAGAAAUUUCAUCACUCUUCUUCUCCAUCAUGAAAUUGCCUUUAUAUAUUGGUCUCUUUGUAUAUAUGCGACGCCAAUUCAACAAAAGAAGGUCCGAUAAAGAUCCAUAACUUCACCCAAAAAUGGUCUCAACUUCUUCUUCUUCUUCCCCUGUAAAUCAUUUGCUCCAUCCUCUUCAUCAUCGGACCUUAUUGAUCCCUAAAUUCCCUUCACUUUUGAAGCACACCCAGUUCCCUUCUCCCCUCCAAUUCCCAUCUUCAAGAAUUCAACCCACUUCUGCCAUUGCUGCUAAAGAAUCGGAAGCAGUCACUCAGCCCCAAGAUGCAGGGGAACUUGACUUGUUUGCAUGCCCUGUGUGUUUCGAACCGCUUAUAAGAAAAGGUCCUCCUGGUUUCAAUUUGCCAGCUAUUUAUCGAUCUGGUUUUAAAUGUCUGAAGUGUAAUAAGUCAUAUUCAAGCAAGAACAUCUAUCUUGAUCUUACGGUUAUUGCUGGUGCAAAAGACUACGUUGAGAUUCAACCAUCUCGGACUGAGUUAUUUCGGAGCCCUCUGGUUUCAUUUUUGUACGAAAGGGGAUGGCGUCAAAAUUUCAACUUUAGCGGUUUUCCUGGUCCGGAUGAGGAGUUCAACAUGGCUCAGGAAUACUUCAAACCAGCAGAAGGUGGAACUUUAGUAGACGUUAGCUGCGGAAGCGGUUUGUUUUCCCGCAAGUUUGCAAAGUCCGGGACCUACUCACGAGUUGUAGCCCUUGAUUUUUCUGAAAACAUGCUUCGCCAAUGUUACGAUUUCAUAAAAGUCGACGAUACAAUCUUAAGCUCCAAUCUCGCACUUGUAAGGGCAGAUGUUUCCAGGCUUCCGUUUUCGUCAGGUUCGAUUGAUGCAGUUCAUGCUGGUGCAGCUUUGCAUUGUUGGCCAUCUCCUUCUAAUGCAAUUGCGGAGAUCAAUCGUAUUUUGCGAAGUGGUGGUGUGUUUGUUGGGACGACUUUUCUACGAUCAACGUCAUCAACUCCUGCAAUUCUAAGGCCGUUUGACCGGAGGAUUGGUGGGAGCUAUAACUAUUUAACAGAAGAAGAAAUAGAGGAUUUGUGCAAAUCUUGUGGUCUUACAAACUACACAACCAAAGUUCAGCAAGCUUUCAUUAUGUUUUCUGCACAGAAGCCCUGAAAAGAUUUCGGUUUGACUUUUCGAAAGUCAAAAUCAAAGUACUUUUCAAUCUAUAGAAGCAGAAGCAGUUGAAACCUCUUUGAUCUUACUAUAUAUAGAAAGAUGAUAUAUAUAGAAAUUCAAACCUAAAGAUGAUAUUUCCAAUGGGUAUAUAUAGAAAGGUGAAACACAAGUUUCAUUGUAGUGUUUUC